GUGUGUGUGUGUGUGUGACAUUCACUCCAUGUCCUGGCGCGAGUAUUGAGCCACAGGGGCACCAGCCGGGCCAGCGACGGGAUUGGAUGAUGCUGACUGGGAAACAGCUGCCGGAGGUCGGACCCCAUGUUCAUUGGAUAAUUCACAUGCCAAUCAAGCAACCCAUGGCGGGUGUGGGUCCGGGGGAGAUACAGCGCACUAGCGGAACAGCAAAUGUGAUCUAAACGGUACAGCUAAUGUUAUCUAAACGGUACAGCUAAUGUUAUCUAAACGGCAGUCUCAGCUUAUGUAGCGUCAAGUUACAUGUGCAGAUGUUGUGGAGGACGUGAACUGACUCGAGGCAGUGCUGUGAUUGGCUGACUCAGACCCAUGUGACCUGCAGCGGCCCACAGGGCUGUGAUGUAUUACCACGGGAGGAGGCGGGGCCAGGAGGGGGUCGGAGCGAUCAUCGACUUCCUGUUGGCCAACGCCCGGCUGGUCAUCGGGGUGGGCGGAGCCGCCAUACUGGGUAUCGCCACACUGGCAGUGAAGCGGCUCAUUGAACGUGCAGGCAGGACAGCAGAAGAAAACAAGCCAAUCACGGACAGCUGGGAGGAGCUUGGCCUGGGUAGCUCCUCCCCCAAACUGCUGAAGAAGGGAAUUGAGGGUGUGGUUAUGAAAAAGAUUGCCGCGGCAACCAAGAAAGCUGAUCUUUCCCAGCCGGCUCCUCCUGUGCAUGCGUUGGAGAUCCGCCCGGCUGAGAGUGUGUGUGUGCCUGUGGCUGCGGCGCGUGUGUGUGUGUCCCUGCAAGAGCGUCUGCAGCAGUACUACGCCACGCGUGUGUGUGUGUGUCGGGACGGAGCCUCGCGGGCCCAGCGCCGCGCCCUGGAGAUCGGCACGGAGAUCCACGCCUUCCUGCGGGGCAAACACACACUCAUGCCCCUGGGGGAACUCCGCCUGGCAGGCUCGCUCCUGGACGACCUGCAGGUCCUCACACCGGACCACACCUGUCUGCUGGUCCACCUACAGGUGGAGGAGUCUCUGUGGUCGGUCAUCAGAGGAGAGGACACGUUCCUGUCCCACCCCCAGCUCUUCCUGAUUCGUCGAGAAAAUCUGGAAUACUUCCCCCGGGGGCGGAGCUACUGGGACCACUUCCUGGUGGGCGGGUACCUCUCUGCGCGCCUGAUCGCCGAGACGCUGGCCAAGUCCGUUACCGAGGCGAUGAACUGGCCGUCCCUGACCGGGACCCUGGAGUGCGAGGUGCGCCCCGUCCUGGGAGGAGACGGCAUCAAGCUGGAGGUCUGCCCUGGCGACGGUUUCCAAGGCGACGGCGAGGACGAGGACGAGCGGCUGUUUGUGCGCGUGCUGCCGACGGUCCGACUGGGGGAGGAGUCUGUCUGUGCCCGGCCCCGCCCACCCUGCGAGCACGCCUGGUUCCACAGCCUGUACCCCAAGGAGGCGGGGCUUCUGGCCAGCCGGGACCAAUCGGAUGGCGGCGUGAGGAGGAAGUGCCUGAAGACCAUGAAGGCCAUCUGCCGCACAAACCCCGCCCUGCGACGCCUCUCCGGCCGUCACCUCAGCAACCUGCUGCUGCAUCUCAGCGACAAGGAAGCUGAUUGGUCGGAGGAGGCCUUCAGUGGGCGGUUCCAGCAGGCCAUUGAGGAGCUGAUUGGCCACCUGGAGCUGGGGAAACUGCCCAGCUACUUUACGCCAGCUGUCAAUCUUCUGCAGGAGUUCAGCGAAGACGACAUCGACGAGAUGGGUUUCAUGCUGUACUGUGCUGUCUCCCAACCAGAGAUACUACUGAUCUAACACACACACACACACACACACACACACACACACACACACACACACACACACACACACACACACACACACACGAGAUGGGCUUCAUGCUGUACUGUGCUGUCUCCCAGCCAGAGAUACUACUGAUCUAACACACACACACACACACACACACACACACACACACGACACACACACACACACCAGAAUAUUAUGUGCAGACAGAAUUUCUGAUCUAGUAGUGGUUUUAUCUAAUAUCAUCUUAUACACACUCACAAACAUACCACACACACACACCACGCACGCAC